AUGAUUCCGACGAGGACGCUGUUCUACGGCGUGCAAAUGUUGCUCGCCGUCGCGUCGGCCGAAAUCCUAAAACCCUCCUGGCACCAGUACUACCCGGGACGUCACGCGUGAGUAUACGUAUAUAAUAUGUAAUAUUGUACCGGCGGUAAUAGUAAUUCGAUGUACUGCAAGGGAAACGCGAACGAUCCGGACUUAAUUCGUUUGAACCGGGGUUGUGAAUUUAAAACAUUAAAAAAAAAAAAACAACAACAACAACAACAACCUAUUAGAGAAGUCCCUAAAAUUCAGCUCACGAAGCACACACAAUUUACAAAAAAAAAAAAAAAAAAAAACAACACCGAAAUGCAAUUAUUCUCAUAUCAAGUUAACUAGAAAUAAACAUUUAUAUUAAAAAGUGGUUGUCACUGUCUGCAUUUUUGAUAUUCUCACACAUGGUGUAGUUUCACUUUUCUACUCUAAACUAUGGCACGCUUAAAACUUCGAUUUCAUGAUAUUAUACAGUCAUAAUUUUUAACCAAACAUUUGUGUACAAGUGUAUUGUAUUCGGUAAAACUUAAAUUAUAUUCCUAUCGUGUAUUUGUUCGUAUUUUGAAAUAUAUUCAAAUCGGAUAAGUGUGUUUUACUAAACCCGCCGCGUGUCUAAGGCCGUUGAAACACUCCAACACCGGAGGUAAAAUUUGGGGAUUUUAUUUUUUCGUACAAAAAACCACGAACAACGACAUUUCUCAAUCUAUUUUCGUGUACACAUUUUUUUCCAGAUGUUUAAUUUUUCUUUUAGUGUAAACAACUUAGUGUAAUCGGUUUAUAAUACUGUUGUUCAUGGGCGAACUCACAGGGGGGAGUUCAUGGGGUUUAAUUCUCCCCCCCCUCGAAUGGCCGUUAUUUUUUCGCAAUCAAUUCGUUUUAAAUUUUAUAUUUACAAUUGCAAUAAAAACAUAUUUGUUGCACCAAAGAAAAAAUUGAUAAACUAUUAAAAAUAAAAAAUGUAUUCAAUUUUGUAUCGUUAUUUUUUUGAUGUUAUUAUUACUAAAAAAUAAUGUUAAAUGUCGUAAAUAGAGGAGUGUAUGCUGACAGCCUCUUAAAUAUUUUUCUAGAAAUCACCCUCAAACCCGCCCCCCCCCAUUGAAAAUUCCCGAGAACGUCACUGCUGUUGUUUAUUUAUACAUUCGUAUGGCACGGAAAAUGUUAUAUAGCGAACAGUUUAAGUGGUAACAAGCAUGUAACAAAUUAUUGAAUAAUACGAAGAAAGAUAAAUAUCAGCAUAAUAAUAUGGCGAGUAAUAAUAGACCACGCGUUCAACGAUAACAGCAACAACAUAAGCGAUUGUAAAAUAAUAUCGAGAUUGUUUAUCCACUCAAUGACUUUAGUGGUCGCAUUGAGAAUAUCCUUGAGCUUCCCGUUGAACGUUCUCUCUUCGGACACUCUCGUACGAUACGAUCUGUAUCUUGUUUCGGGUCACCGCAGUCACAUCCUGGGGUUGGGAAUACUGUUGUGACCGACUGUUGUAAAAACUGUGAAAAAUGAUAUUAUAUGUAUGGAUGUUUUUGAUUUUUAAUCAUUUCGCGACACCGCUAAUUAAUCGGAGUAUCCGGCAUUCCGGUCAAGAAUCGCUGAUCCAUGCAUUACAUGACUUUUGCGACGAAUUUUUUUUUUUUCUAGACUUUUACCGCCGACAAACAAAACGAAUGCCGUGCGUUCUUACAAAGUAUGAGAAACGGGAUGUGCGUUGUGCAUAACCUAGUUAACAGUGGCGUCACCACCGCCACGCCGUGAUAAUAUAAAAACUUCCGAAAAUAUUGUAAAAGAGGCGAGCGGUUAUGUGGAAAUAAUUACAAGAAAAAAAAAAACAAACAAGAUAAACAGUUUAUUUAAUAUCUCGGGCACUAGAAAUAUGCUACUGACGGUACAUUUCACAUUUUCAUUUCUCUUUUUUUUUUUUGUUUUUACAUUAGCGACGUAAAGAAUCCCGAGAUAAAAAAAAAAAAAAAAAUACCCCGUUUAACAUACGUAUUUACGUGGUAUAAAAUAAUAUGAUAUGUCAACGCUUUUGUGGUUAAUAUUAACUUGAAAAAAAAAAAGGGAAUGUAAAACCGCCGCUAAAACAUUUUAGUCUUUUUACCAAUUUAUUCGUACAAAUUAAAAUAAUAACAACAAUACCUAUGAAAUAGGCUGAUCUGCUACUUGGUGUGCCACUGUGCUACAGGAGCCGGGAAGUUGAAAUAGAAUAUAACUAACGUAGAGAUAUUCAAUUUAUAUCUGUGCGCAAACGAAACCAUUUCGAACGAAGUACGAUUCUGAGCAUUAGACGAAUUUCGUCCCUUGUCGACAAAGCAACACAAAAAUCAUACGAAUCAUUGCCAUUCAUUUUCAUUUGUGAAAAAAAGAAGAAAAAUCCAUAAAUGAUUUUAGAAAUACAUCAACUAGAUCAAUUAAAUGACUCUAAAGGUCAGAUCUCGAUGUCGGUUAAUUGCCCGUAGUGUCCUGUACCUUUCGAGAAUCUAUCGAAAAUGAUUUUUUUCGAAUAGUGUUUUUUUUUUUUUCCAUUAAAUGAAAUAAGCGAACUCUAUACUGCACGAGAGUUUUAUGCGUUCCGACAGAUUUGAAAUUAUGAAUUUCGAACUGCGUUACAGGAUCUUUUUGUCACGUAUCUGAAAUUCCUGAACCAUAAUAUUGUUCUGUACGCUACGGCCCAGUCAGUAAUAUUCAGUCAGCGUAUUAAAUUUCCGAAUAGAAAAACACGACUUCCGAAAUCCCCGGCCGUCUGUUUCUCGAAAUACAAUCGUUGUUCGAGUACAUUUUUUUUAUGAGUUUGUGUUACGUCUCUGAAAAUGACGAGUCGUAUUUUCAUAAUAUUUCGGAUCCCGGAACCGCACAUUUACGGGGAUCGGAUCGUAUAAUACAUAUAACAAUAAAACAACAGUCUUGACGGGCGACGAAAUCGCGAGUCCUUGUGAGUUAUGGUUAAAUAUAUUAGAUUGCCUACCUAUAUUAUUAUAGCCCGCUGGACGAACGAUAUUUCUACUACAAUAACGCCGCAAAUGUUUGUUGUACGCGUUGAUGACCGUGUUAUUACUUCGUGGACUUAAUGGGUCGCGUGAAGGAGAAAAACGAAAAUUUAUCAACUCGAAAAAAAUUAAAUAAAAUUCAAAUUAAUUUGUGUAGAAUACUAAAAGCGUUCCCGUUGUAUUAUCGCACAUCGGGAAAAGCUAUUUAUUGUGCAAACAUGAUGUUUAUUGAAAGAAACGUUCGCGAUCGCACGAAAAAGUGCCCUUUAAAGUGAUUUUAGAGUGAUUUUACACAAUACAGCAUUAGUAUAGAAAGCGACAACAUCGUGUGCAUAGAUAACUGUUAUACGCACUAGUCGGCAUUCGAUCGGUUUUAACGACGCGGGGUUUACAAUAAUUUAUUGAAAAAACCGCGAAUUUUUCAUGAUAUAAUUGACAUAACUAAACGGUCUGAACGGAUAACACGCGGUCGUUCCUUGUGUCGCGUCCGUUAAUGGUUUCAUCGUAUAGGCUAAUCCUAAGGGAGGAAGGGGGGGGGGGCGGUUAUUUUUGUUGCGUUGUAAAUCGUGUACUCAUUCACAUCGGGAUAAAACGAAUACGGGACACGGGGGUUUUUGAACGUUCAUAAAAACGCUCACACCGCCGUCGACAACCUCUUAAGUGUUGUAGGCGCUCGAACGUUUCAUGCGAUAUAAUUAAACUUUCGAAUUUGACGGUAAAGUACUUUGACAUCGCGUGUACACAAAACAAACAAAAAACAAAUUAUAAUCUAACAUGAAGGUUUUUUUUUUUUUAAAUUUAAUAUAAUAUACCUACCUAUAUUGUUUUAUAUAAAAACGUCGGUAAAAACAAAGUGGUUUUAUUAAGACAUCGAUUACGAGCGACGAGAAACCAAACGGGUCUCAAUAAAAAAAAAAAAAAAAAAAGAGGGGGAGGAAUUCCGUUUUUUUUUCUAUCUUUUCACGGGAAACAAACAACUAAAGUAAUAAGAUAUUGACACGCGAUAAAGAUAUGGUUUUGAAAAUUUGACAUUCAUUUUUACAACAGCAUAGUAUAACCAAAUGUUAAAUCGAACGAUACAUAGUACAAUAGUUGUUUUAUUUUUCAUGGCUUCAUGGCCUCCUUUUGCAGUAAAUACUGUAAACAUCGUACGAGGAUGUGAAUUAUGCACAUGUCCCCUAUUUCUAUUGUAAACUAUAAUGGUUCCGUUUUAAAUGUUUGGAUACGCGAAAACAGUUGGAUUGGUCUUCUUUUUGCAGUAUUAGUUAAUUUAGUUUAUAACCUCGUCAUUUGGUUCCCUGAAUAGGUCGCUUCUCUCACAUUUUGCGUUAGACAUGUGGGUCGUCUUCCGAGUCUCCGCAUUCAUAUUCCACAGUCUCUCCUUGUUUCCAUCGUACGAGGUUUUUCUUCUUUUUUUCGAGACUUUUACCUUAGGUGAUUUAGAGUUUUUCAGAUUCUAUAUUUCAGAUUACUGUCCUUGGUGGUAGGUCCUUUAUUGUCCUUGCUUCGCGUCAGUUUUUCCAUCUAUAUAUUCGCCCGUAAGGUUUUGAAAGUAGAGUUUCUGUCGUGCUAUGUUGGUUGCUGUUUCUCGACUUAAAUCUACUGUUACGUAGAGUAUAUCCGUAUAAAUGGUGCUUUGAUCAGAGUUGUAAGAAUCUUCUUCAGCUAUCGUCUUAUAUCCGGCGAGACUAUAGCACUGCAGAGUGUGUAUAGUUUAUUGUUUGUUACUAUUUUUAGGCAGUCUAUGAUUAUUCUAUGAGAUUCAUUAAGUGCCACCUUUACAGAAGAUUUUCUUGUUUCUGCGGUAAACGACAUAUACCUAUUUACGUGUGAUUAGUUCAAAAUGAUAACACAAUUUAAAAAAAAAAUUAAUAAAAACGGAUUCGCAUGCAGUGGUUACAGCUCUUCAAGUACAAUUUAUAGGCGCCUAAUUUAAGUGACCUUAAAAGACCGUAAGUCGAAAUGCGUAUUAAUUUUUUUGUUGUAAAUGUAUUCUGGCCAUAAUAAUAUUGUACGGGGACGAAACAAGCUACGACGAACGUGUACACUAUUUUUUUAUUUUUUCCAUUAAACAGUAUACAUAAUAACGGUAUAUAUUUGUCGGUACAGACAAAAAAAAAAAAAAAACCCUCGUUUGAGCCUUAAGGGGAAAAAAGGUUUUCUUUGUUCGGCCCACGCGAAAGACAGAAGCUCCUUAAAACGUCGUCUCCGUGCACACAUUUUGGCACAAAAUUACGCUCCUUUGGCCGUUUGCACAUACGCAUUGGCGCGCGCAAACACAUCACUAGCUGCACUGUAAUAUAUACGUGUAUAUAUAAAAUAAGUCUAUCUACGUGUGUGUGUGUGUGUGUGUGUGUGUGUGUGUGUGUGUGUGUGUGCGUGCGUUGGAAUAGUAAUAAAACCUUCGCCGUAUACUUUAUACUCAGACUUUUAGUCCUAUACACACACCUACAAUACACAGUGUGUACAGUAGGUAUUACACACACACACACAGACACACACACACACACACACACACACACACGCGCGCGCGAGCACAAUCUAACACGGUUUAUUUUUGUUUUCAGUUACGGUAUACGGUAUUUCGAGAAGCUAGCUUCGCUGCGAGAGAACUUCCAAAAAGGCGUCGUUGUACCACACAGCAAGUAAUAUACACACACACACACACACCUGUAAACCGUUUGAAUAAUACAUAUAUUCUAUGUAUUUAUAUGUAUAUGUAUUGUGCUCGUCCCGUUAUAUGCGUUACCCUAUGUAUAAGUAUUUUAAUUAAACGCGUUUAACCCCGGCGCGCUCUCGAAGCGAAUGGUUUUGUCAAUAUUAUACGAAUCGAACGCGCACGCGCGCGGGCGCGUGUUUAUGUUUUAUCGGAACAAUACCUAUAAAAUAAAAUGCAUAAUGUGACAAAGCGCAAAAAGACCUGGGCCAGAUGAAUGCUCUACGCACGGGAGUCUCCGAUGUUUUAUUGUUCGCGUGCGAAAUAAUAUUUUAACCUUUUAUCGCGCGUAAAUUCGGGAAGCAUUUCGAAAGUCGUGCCGGUCCGCGUCGUUAUGAUGUUUUUGGUCGUCCCGUGCAAGACGGGCUUAAGUGAAUUUUUUUUAUAGAUUUCAACGUUGAUUUUUGAAAAUAAUUCCUAAACAGCCAAAAAAUAUGAUAACAUAUAACAUAACUAAUGGCGGUACAUUGAAUCCAUGUUCCUAUCUAAAUAAAAGAUAAAGAUAAGAGAUAAUUAUAUAGUAUCUAGAUAACAUAAACAGGUAACAAAUUAAAGAUAUUUUAAUUUUUAGUAUUAAAAGUGUUAUAAUAUAACGUACAUUCCACACACUUAUACCAUUGAGAUAAAAAAAUGAAAACAAAUAUUGUAAAAUAAAAAAAAGUUGACUUCUUUUUGUAAGAGUAAAGAAUUAUAAUUUUUAAUAAGUACACGUGCAUUUUAGAUGAUUUUUAAGCGAAAAGAAAACUAUAUGAAAAACAAUUUAAUCAAAAUUAUAUCGUUUGUGAGAAAGAAUUUUCGUAAAUAGGAAAACAUAAAUAUAAUUUACAUCUUUAAAGAUCGUUACAGUUGCACUUGCCACUUCUGUCUUUUGUGUUCUUAUAAAACAAACGAAAAAAGGUCUUUAAAAGUAGUUUUAGAAAUAAAACACCAAUAGUUAUUACGUAUAGAUGAUAAAGUUUUAAAGACAAUACUAAUAUUGUCUUACCCACUCUUAUAACAUGAUGAAAUAUUCAGUUAUUAAUAAGUAAUACAAGUAAAGUAUUCAAUGUAAAAGGGAUUUUGUCCGGGUGGAAUUUUUCGGAGCGGAGUAUUGUUGGAGAUUACAUCGUGACGACCUCUUACCGCAAGGACAUAGUACAGGCAAGGGAAAAUCGUCUGGCACGUAUGUCCAUGUCACAAUAAUAAUAAUAAAAAAAAUAAAAUAACAAAAUUAAAAAAAAUAUUUUUUAUAUUUCCAUAUAAAAGUUACAGUAAUUCGGUCGGUUGUUGUUAGUUUACAGCGGCGUACAUGACGAUUUUGUUAAUUUAAAAUUAUUUAAUGGGAAACGACAACAAUAUUUUUACAUCGUCGAAAUGAAAACUAAAUGGUGUUGAAUUUAAUUAUUUUAAAUUAAAAAAAAAAAAAAAAAAAAAAAAAAAACGACGGCACAAAUGUCGAGUGAUUAUCGCCGUACCGCAUAAAAUGAAUAACAAAAGAAAAAAAAAAAAAUGUUCAAUGACGAUUUAGAAACGAAGUUUUACGAAACAUUAAAAUUAAACGCUCGUUGUUUACGUUUUUCUUCUCGUAUCGUUUACGUUGUUUAUUCGAUUUUCCCGCAAAUUUUCGGUACGUUUAACUAUACAAUUCUAAUAAACUAGGUUACUCGUCUAAAGUACAUAUACCACCUAUAAAUGUUAAAUCGUCCGUCUUUAAAGUGACUAUUUGAAACUUUCGGGUCCACGUUUAACUAUAUACGUGCCAUUCGUAAUCUCAAAAUAUACGCGGUACCGUAUAGAGCAUAGUAUAAAAAUAUAUAUAAAAAAAAAAAAACAAAAUUGACAUACUUCGCUCGAUGGUUGGGCCAUUGUUGUGGGUGAAAAGUCGGGAAUGUAGGAUAUAGGGCGGAAUUUAACGUAUAAUGUUUAAUGUACGCAAAUGUUAAAUAUUGCUAACGAAAAACGAUUAUUGUCGGCGUUCGGUUAUACAUGUUUUAUAAGGUGAAUAUUAUAGGUAAAUCGUAAUUAUGGUCUUACAUGAACGUUUUCGUCAAAACUUGAUGCAAUAAUUCUUAUAAAAAAAAAUUCUACAUUAUACUAGUUGUUUCUUUUGAUCACAAAGUGUGACUUACAAUGAAUCUCCUGUUAAAUUUUCAAGAAUUUCUGUUUGGUCUAUUUUAUCCAUGCCUACCUUAUCGUACCUAUCGAAUAAAUAUUACAUACUAACUCGCAACAUUAAAAUGACUAUAAAAAGCCCAAAAUGGCUCAAAUGUUUCGAAAAUAUGACCAUGUCUAAAAAGUCAAAUAUAAUCGUUCUGUUUACAUUUCUACGAACAUUUUCAAUUGAAUCUCAACAAAAAAUAAAUUCGAAAAUAAUAAGUUUCGUGAAUUUUCCAAUUUCCUACGUUUUAUUCCAGUGUUUUCCUAUUUAUUAUAAAAAUCCCUUGGAAAACAAAUGACCGGAUAUCACCAAGAUAAAAUUAGCUUUAAGAAAAGGUCCUACACUUGAAAAUUGGAGCAAGAUUUCUUGGAGGAAUGUUGUUCACAGAUAAAAAAAAUAAACAACAUUGUAAAACAAAUAAAUGUUUUGCUCCACUUAGAAUCUAAAAGUUAGACAUACAGCUCUUACCGUGAGUACAAACUACUUGUCAUAAGGAUGUGAGGGUACAGCAAGAGUAGAACGGAACAUUUGUUUUUUUUUCUAGACCAAAACAAACCAUUGCGAUUGAAAAACGAUUCUAUGUGGAGCUCGAUAAUUCCGUAAGGAAUGUAUUAUACAAAGAGAUUUUUUUUUUUAUCAUAAACCAGCAAUUUUAUCGAAGGAUAUUAAUCUUACUCCAUAUACCAUAAAUAAGUAUGGACUUUAGUUUUUCAAGUGAGAUCUCCAUUUUUUGAACACAGAUUCAAACAGAGAAUUUUUUUCUUUAAAUUUCUAUAUCCAUAACACUAAUAUUAUACUUACCGUCUUAGUUGAGUUAUAACCGUUUAAAUUUUAGACCGGAGGAGUAAAGACGAGUAAUCAAUUUUUCAUUUAAAAAUCGAUAUGCAAUUGAAAAUAAAAAUAAAAUAUAUCUACUUAUUUAAAGUAUAUUGAGUAGAGGUUGAAACCAUCGUCGAUGGUUUCAAAAUAAAACUUCGUCGAUUCCAUAAUAACUAAUAAUAAAAACAAAAAUCAAAUUCCCUCAAAAUCCUCCGAGAUAAUUGCUGGUUCAUGAUGAAAAAAAAAAUCACUCUGUAUUGUGUAAGUUGUGCUUUUUCUCAUCCCUAACCGAGAUAACCUGAAAAUCAAAAAAAAAAAAAAAAAAAAAACCGUUACAAUGUGGGUUUUCAUUAAUUUCGUAGAAAAUUGUAGAGAAAACAUUUUAAAAUAAAGUAUCCGCACCGGACAAAAAUUCUGCAUCCAUUCAGUUACGAUUAUGUAAACAAUUCGGAGAGCGUUUAUAGACUAGCCGAAAAUAUGUUCCCCGAGAAAAAAACAACAUUCCAGUACUUAUCUAGAUAGAUAGAUAGAUAGAUAGAUUUAUUAUUAUUUUAUAAUAAUUACAACGUAACAAAACUAAUAAUAACAAAACGCGAUCAAGUUUGUCUUCAAAAGCCUGAGCUUGUGGGGAAAAAAAAGUUCAUAAUGUCGAUUAAAUUUAUAUACAUUUAUCAUCACCGUUUACAAAUUUAAAAACAAAUAAUGAUGAAAAUAAAAAUAAAAAGUUAGUAAUGUGGUAUUAAAUUAAAUGUUAAAAAUAAAAUAUUUUUAUUUAUUUUAUAUUUAUAUAAUUUUUAAAUUAAGAACUGAAUAAAACUAAUUUUAUAAUUACUAUUCAAAUUGUAUAUGUUGUCACUUUAUAAAUAACAUACUUUUUAUAUAUGUACAGUUAUCAAAACUGUAAUAUUAAUACAAAAAAAAUAUUAAAAAAUUAUAAACUCAUAUUAUCCUUACCUUAAAAGAGUACCAUAUGAGUCAUCUUAAAAUUAGAUGGUAGCAUCUGCGCUACACUCAAGAUCUGUAAAAUACGUUUUCGCAUAUCGAAUGAUUAAACUGAUAAUCUAAAAUCAAUGAAGAUUUUAAUUUUUAAUUUUUAAUUGUUUCAACGAUUUUCAUUUGAUUAUAAGUUUUUAAAUAUAAAACGAAUACUUCAAACAGAAAAAAAUUCGGUUUUUGGAAAACGGUCGAAGUUAUGUUAAUUAAUUUGUCUAGAAAUAUCAAAUUUCCGAUACAUCGUCGCAGUGUGCAUUUAAAAUCAUUUAAAAUUUUAGCAUUAAAUUGGAUUUUCUUUAAUUUUAUUAAAAUAUUAUGUUUAUUCGAAUAACUUUUAACCUAUUCGGAAUUUAAAUGUAAAAUGGUAUAAUAAAUUAAAAGUUUUGUGCCGCGAGUGCGGCUCAAAAGAACCGUACGCAUUAUUAGAAUAAUAAUAUGUUUUUUUUUUUUAAUUAUACAAAAAGCAGUUUAAGAGUCUUUUUUUCAGUCAACUUAUCGUAGUUUCAAAAGGAAAUAUUAAACUUUUAUCAAUUUAACUGUCAAUCGUCGCUUAUCCUGCAACAUUACACACUAAUAGUUCGAUGCAAUUACAUUAUCAUCGAUAUUAAUAAAACAGGUGUUUCCGUUAAUGUAUAACUCCAUAAUUUUCUUCUCGUUAGAUUCGUGGUUACACUGUAAAUCAUGACGACGAUAACAUCAGUGUUAUCAGAAUAUGGUGUCUGCAUAACGAGCCUGAGCCGUGUGAAUAACACACGAUAAUAGUUGCAUUUUUUUCUUUUCCUUUUUAAAAUACAUUAUAUGUAGAAAAUAUAUUUGAUCAUUACCGGUAUUUAACAUAGUAAGAUUAAAUCGUUUAAUUAAUUUAAUUUUGAUCAUGUUUUAAAACGAUACAAAAACUGAGGUAAUAACUUCUGUAAUAUAAGUGACAACAUAUUAUAUACUUCUAUGAAGCCCGGCUACGUAUUGACGUUCUUUACUCAAAAUGAGUCGCACACACACACGUAAUCUUCCGAUUGGCUAUUUGAUUUCUUAUCAUAAGUUUAUAAUAUCGAUUACACGAAUUUAAUGAUAACAAUAAUAAACCGAUUACUCUUGUCACUUUCAAUUAACCUUUCCACUGUUGUUUCCAAAUCUGAUACUGUUCCAAGGAAGUUUUAGUAUCCUAAGACCUAAAACCUAAGUGUACACUGUAUAGCUGAAAGCUUGUCGAUAAAAAACCAGGAAAAGUUUAAAUAAAGUAGGAGGAAAAACGCAAACGACCGGAUUCAAAUUCGGCAAUUCAUUGACACCAUCAAAACGUAUGUUAAUUUAUAUGAUAAGGUACGUUGAACAACGUCAUAUCUGGCCGCCAAUCAGAGGAUUACAACUGCAUCUAUGGCUUUUUUAACGUAAGAAACGUUAAUACGUACCCUAGCUGGAUCGGUCAGUAGAGUACGAGACUCUUAAUCUCUUAAUCUCUGUGUGUUCGAUUCGAGCUCCGCGUUGAUCACUACUUUGUUGUACACGCCGCGUUUGGGGAAAGUAUGCAACGUUUAAUGGUAAAUUUAAAAUAAAUUUAACCAACAAAAAUAAUAUAAAACAUUGGUCCUCUAUUAUUAUUAUUAAAAUCCCAAAGAACAAAUAAUACCUGCGUAAGUUUUCGAAUUUAUUUAAUAUUAUGGUAAACACAAAAUGUUAUAUAUUUUCAGUAUUUCUCAUACAAAAUCUAUAUUCGGAACAAGAGUUUAUUUACUCUACUUUUUUUUUCUUUUUCGAGCAAAUUGUUAUAUUUUUUUUACAUAAUAUAAUAUAUAUAUAUAUAUAUUUAUCACCGACGCGAUGCGACGUAUCGUUUUAUUAUCAAAAAACCGUUUUCUUAAUAAAUCAUAUUUACAAAUAUUGAACUGCGGCCAACAAAAAAAAAAAAAAAAAAAAAAAUAAAAUAAAAAUACAUAUACGAUGCACAUAAAGUAAAUAAUUCAAUGGAAAUUUUUACAGAUGGGGGUUUUACAACAGAAUGGAUACCAUUUCGUCGACGACGAGGACGACGGACAAAAAGACGCGCAGAUUGCGGGUGGGUAGCGGAUGGUGGAAACUAGUGCCACCAACGGGAGCAGAGAUCAAUUGCGAAUUUCCGAGCUCCAUACCCGUGAUAUCCGUAAGUAUCGAACGUGAAUGAAUAAUUAUUAUUGAAUAGAAAUUCGGAAUAUUUUCUUUAAUAUUAUAGUAAUAUUUUAUCCGCAACUUGAGUCUUGGGAAAGAAGGGAAACAUUGAGAGAAAGGGGAUAUUAAAUUCCUUACUCAUAUGUGAUAUACACAGUGGCGUGCCCAGACAUUUUAAGCGAGAGGAAAUGUAGUAAAUAAUAAUCACGGUGCAUAAAUAAAUCGUAGAACAUUUUUUUGUUGUACACUUAUAGGUAAUAUAAUUAUAUUUAACCGAAAAUGAGAAUUUAAAAGCCAGAUCCAAAAAAAAACAAUGUUUUAUUCAAUAAAUCAUACCUUUUUCUUGUAACUGAGCUGAAAUUUAUAAUUUAAGAUAAAACUAUAUAAAAUAAAUAUUCAUAGUUGUUGUACAUUUAAACCAACCGAGAAGAAACACCCGUGAAGAGUUCCGACACUGGAGUCAAAUUUUUCUCGCCUUCCAUAUGUUGUAAAACAAUAUAUUAGCGAAUACAAUAAAAUUGCAAUAUUAUUGUAUACUAAUUGUAUACUAAAACUAUGUUACUUGCAAAUACGUGGUACAAUUUUACCACAUAAAUGGCGGAAUCGUGGCUGGUUGAAAGUUAAAAUCUUCAAAGGUCAAAAUAUAUUCUUGAGACUAUAAUACAUAUAAUACAAUACACUAUAAUACAUGAACGCAAUUUGAGAGGUCUGUAGGUGUCUUCAAAACUAAAAAAACACUUUUUUAUUGACAUCAUAGAGAGUUUGAGUGCAUUUAGUACAGAUGAACCUCCUCCAGAAGUUUCUAAAAGUAGCGGAAAAAAGAUAAACACAAAACAGUGCCAAAGUCAAUAUUUUAUAAAAAAAAUUCCGCACAAAAUUUUAAGGGAUUGACGAAGAUAGCGAUCGAACAAACCUGAGAAAAAUCCCCUCACAUACCACGUAAUAAUUAAAACGUCUGAAUGCCUUUAGAUCCUAUUGGACAUUUUUGUAUAGGUUAUAAAUUGUUUACAAAGAAUACAAAUAUUUUCCAAGACAAUCGAUUGAAAACAUAUACGACGUUCACACAUCGACGUAACACAUCGAUUCAAAUGUCUGAAAUUUAUCCAGAAAUACCAUUGGAUCUUUUUUCGAAGUAAAGAAAAUUCCAGUUCGCGAGCAGCGAUUUUAGGUUAACAACGCAAUUUGUGUGUAGUUUUUUUUUUACGAUUUAAAUUAUCGCUGAACAAAAUAUAACAUGAAAAUAAACCAUCCGAAUGUUAUAACGAUCAAAUAGGUCAUUUAGAUCGUAAGGUCUUUUUGUUGAUAGGAAAAUAAUACCAAUAUUGACGUAAAAAUUCACAAAAAUAUUUAUAAAUCAUCAAGCUAAAUUUACAAUUAUAUACAGUUUUUUGAUAUGUAAUUUUGCCUUUCGUGGUUAAUAACUUAUAUUGAUUUCCUUCUCAUCAAUCACAGGACUUUAUUUGUUCCUUAUUCAAUUCUAAAAAUGUAUUUUUAUCUGAAUUUUUGUUCAGUGAUAAUUUAAAACGUAAAAAAAUAAAAGAAAUAUAUACGAAUUGCGUUGUACGAUGGUAUUGUUACACUUGUAACAAAUCAAAUAUGGAGAUAAGCCUUCGAAAAAAAAAAUCGUUUUUUUUCGGUUCACCGUAAUAUUAUACAGUUAUAGAUUAUAUAGGUAUUGAUUUAAAAACGAACGAAAACCAGUUUUUUUUUAUUGUUUUAAAUAAAUACAGUGUGUCCCGACGUAAAAAGUAUAAUAUCACUUCUUUUUGGUUAAAACACGCCACCGCUUCGGAUUAUUCCGUUUGUUUUGCGAACCACAGCAACAACACCUAUACCAAUAUACAGUUAGAUCAGACGCGAUAAACGUUUUAUUAUAAAAUAAACACGGUAGUAUAAUAUAUUACCGGGGUACGACCCACGCGUAUUAUAAUUAUUAGUACUUACAUAGUACCGGAAAACUGUUUAUGAUACAAAAUUUCGUACUUGACGUACGCGUGGGGGUCGAGAUAAGACCAAUAAUAUUAUAACUAACUCUCGUACGUUGUAAACUUACGAGCGCAGUUUUACACGUGGACAAUUAUCGCGGCGGGACCUUUCACUAGUGGGAGGGGUAGCGGUAGUGACGUUAAAGAGGGGUGGUUUUAUUCUCGUUGAUACGCGUGCACGCGCGUUAUCGUAUUAUCCGAUAUUGUAUUUUAAUACCGUAUAUCGUCUCGCGAGCCCAAAAAACCCGAGAAAAUCACACUACGCCUUUGUUCGUUUCUUUUUUUACUUUUUUUUCUCUAUUUUUGUGUAACACGAAAACGAUUUCACAGUUCGAUUAAAUACAAAUAAUGAUUUUGUUUAGUAUCAUCGGUAGUAUAGGUAUGUUCAGCAGGAAACUCGCGUGAGUAUUUCGCGUACAACUUGUCGAAUAAAGUUGGUAUCGUCUGCAGGCGGAAAAUCCGUAAGCCUUUAAGGUUUCGGUGUCAAAACGUCGGACGAUUUUUACAAAUCGAAAAACUGCCGGUAACUAUGAACGUGGUAGAAAUGGAGAGGAAAUACGUACAGAGCUGUGACAUCGAGAACCUAUAAGUGUUUAUAUUGGUGGGGGGGAGUAGAAGGAGGGGUGGCCCGCUACUUAAACGAUACGUGUAUUAAAGGGGCCUACGACCCAGAACUGAAUACCCUCGCUCUACACCGUUUCGAGCCCGUCAUUCCGAGCGGCGAGAAAUGUCAACACGACGCCGCCGAUAACAGAUUAGGAUCCGGAGCUUAAACGAGAACGCGUCGUCAGAGUGCGUAUUGUCUCCUCGUUCGGCGGACAGUCAUAUGAUGAUAAUAAUAAUAACAAUAAUAAUAAUAACAUUACAACCGUCACAAUAAUAACGCGGUGUCUGUCGUCUUUUUCAGAACGUCGUGUGGGAGCGCGUGGACCCGGGAAAGGCGGACAAAGAAAAGGCCAUGCGACGGAUGGGCGAGGUGCAGACCUACGACAUGCACCUGAGGCCCAGGGGCAGCACGUUGCAUUUGCACGACGUUUCGCAGUUGGACAAAGGCCUGUACAGGUGUCUGGCGUCGUCGGUGAACAAGCUGACGGGCGAGCCGCAAACGGUGUUCCAAGACACGAAUUUCUAUCCGGCCGUCGUCUGACGCGUAACGGUCACGGCCAUCCGGAAACCGGCAACGACCGUUUUGUUAUUGUUACGGUCGGAGUCGGGGCGAACAGAAAAAACAACAAUAACAUGUGACAUUCGAGUUCCGAUCGGAAACCACACGGCCGAUACUUUUCGGUCGGUAAAACGGUCGUUUCGAUCGGAAUUUGACUGUGUUGAUAUUAUUAUUAUUAUUAUUUUAAUUCAUUGCGGUGUGUCACGCCACUGGGUGAUAUGUAAAACGACUACAGACUGUAUAACCGCACUCAUAUACGGCGUCGGAUCCGUCGGAAAUUGUUUAAAGCGGGCACAUUGUUUGUUUAUACUUUCAGUAAAUUAACUAUAAAUCGUGUAUUAAAUUAAUAAUAGUUUAUUUAAUUGAAAACUAUAGUCCAUCGAUAGGAAGGGCACGUACCGCUGUGCCUCCCUGGAUCCGUCACUGGCCGCACUCCUAUGUGACCGAAUUCGACGGGCCGUACGUCGAAUUCCACGUCGAUCGAUCCUGUUUCACGCAAACGCCCGUUUUUUUUAUGUACAUAAUUGUAUACUGCCAGUGGACUUUCUACCGGAAAUCAUGCUCUCCGACGUAUCAAGUGCAGCCUGUUUCGUCUGGUUAAUACUUGAAAGAGCCAAGAGAGCGUUUGAUUUUCGAUUUUCCGAGCGGUUUUCAAUCGAGAACGAACGGGAAAAUUCACGUGCGUGUAUAAAAGAAACUUCACUCCGAAUCGUUUUUCGUUAGCGGUGGUUUACCGUCGCGCAGAGAAAUUAAUUGAAUUCCCCUUCGAAUCCUAUAUGCCUUUCUGACUUUUCAAAUACAACAGUUGUCCACGUACUUUUUUUCUUUUAUCGUGAAGUACUACGCGUGCGAUGAUGACUCCAGCCGGUGUAUCGAAUAUUCGACCGUGAAACCGAAAAAUCGUGUCUGGCGCAAAACUGAAAACGCUCGAAACGUUCCAACAGCAAUAAAUAACUCGGACAGCGCCGGAAUACGGUUAGAAACCGAACCGCGCCUAUGUUCGCUGACCACCAGUACGACAGUCCUCGGGUGAAAUUUCAUGCGAUUAAAAAUACGUUUUACUCAGAGUUCAACCGGCUGUAUCUGUAGUCUAGUCGUUUUAUAUAUCAA